GGAUAGAGCUGUUGUAUCUGGCAAGAAUGUUCCUUGGCCAGAAAGGGCAUUUUGUCUGCACGAUUUGUCUGGCUACCUCUCCCACUCCAGAACCAUGCUUGUCGUGAGUUUAAUUGUCCAUAAGUGGCACUGUUUCUCUAUAUGUCAGCCUUCUUGAGAUUAAAUGGUGAACUAUCACUAGUGUACCUUACCUCUCGCUCAAUGACAGCUGGGAUCUGCUCCAGUCCCCCCUCCCCUGAACUUGACAAGCAGUUACGGUUAGUGAUGGAUUGACAAACUAACAAACAAACAGUGCAGAAAGGUGUAAAUGUAAUACUUCAAAGGAAGAAAAGAGCAGAACAUUAGGUGACGGUAAGGUUGAAUUAAUAAUAUAGGAGGUGAGACCAGAUCAAAUGAAGAGAGAAUAAUGAGGGAGGCAAGAAAAAAUGCUUCAUUUGAUCAAAUACAUCAAAUCUGUGCAAGCAUUGCUGGUGGACAGAAAGAAAGAAACUAAUUCAUAGGUUCAAACUCAUAACUACUUUUGACUAAUAAGGAGCAUAAAUCUUUAAAGAAAAAUUAUGAUGAUUUGAAAAUAUCUGCAUAUUUGGCAUCUUAAAUGAUAUGCAGAAAAGUUUGCAGAAAUGUAGAAUAUCAAAAUGGAUUUCAAAUCUUUUCAUAAUCUUUAACAUCCCCAAAUCUUAUGUCAAAAGAUUUCAGAGAUCUGCUUUACAAUAAGAAAGACUCCACCCCAACAUGUUGUUUUUCUCAACCCAUACAUGCCCGAACAUGAAUUUGCAGUCUCAGCAAUUUUCUCAAUAAAAACAGUCUUGUGCAACACUUGAAAACUCCUUUAGAGUGAGAGUGGAAGAGUGGAAGACACUCACCAAGACUCUGAAAGAUGUCAUUUGGAGGAGAUUCUCGGUAUCUGAUGACAAUCGAUGAUGGGGGAAAAAAUGAGAGAUCUCUAAGUUUAGUGUGGCGGAUUGGAGCUGCUGUGGUGUGUCUGGUGCUUCUUCUGCUCACCGUAAUCUUGGUGGCUCACAAUACCAGUGCUAUUAACAGCUGGGAUGCCAAGUAUGAAGACCUGAUCUCUAAUCUGACAAAAGACAGGGGCACUAGAGACAAGCAAGACAAGACUGAGUCCAGUAGCCUGACUCAAACGAGGGACAUUGCUAGCGUUGAGCGAGAUGCUUUAAGAAAUGAACGUGAAGCUCUGAAAGAGGAGCGAGAAGCCCUAACAAGUGAAAGAAAUCAACUACAGAACUACUCCAGCAGCUUGACUAAAGACAGAGAUGCUCUGAAAGAUGAGCGAGAAGCUCUGAAAGAGGAACGAGGCCAACUGAAGAUUUAUUCCAGCAACAUGACCAAAGAGAGAGAUGAUCUGAGGGAUGAGCGCAAAGCUCUGAGAGAUGAGCGAGCUGCUCUGAAAAAUGAGCGAGAUCAACUUAAGAUUCAAUCUAGCAACCUGACUGAAUACAAAGGUGUUCUCAAAGAAGAGCAAGGUGCCAUAAAAGAUGAGAGAGAUGCUCUGGCAAUUGAGCGUGCUGCUUUGAAAGUUGAGCGAAACAAUCUGAAGGUUCUAACCUUCAACCUGACUAAAGACAGAGAUACUCUGAUAGAUGAGCGAGACGCUUUGAGAAUUGAGCGAAACCAGCUGAAGAUUCAUUCCAGUAACCUGACCAAAGAGAUGGGGAUCCUGCAGAGCAAAUACAACACUGUGGCUCUAAGGCGAGAUAGGCUUCAAGAGGAGCUCAACAGGCUCAACCUCAACCAAACAGCUUCUUGUUUACCUGGAUGGAACCUUCAUAACAACAAGUGCUACUACUACUCGCCCAAAGGAAAGACUGACACCUGGGAAAAUAGCAGAGCAGACUGUCUAGCGAGAGGAGGGGACCUGGCGAUGCCAAAAACACAAGAUGAGCUCGUUUUUGUCAGCAAAGGUAAUAGCUACUCCUGGAUUGGUUUGUCAGAUAAAUUGCAAGAAGGCGUGUGGCAGUGGGUGGAUGGGACUGACCUGGAAGAUCUGGGAUUCUGGAAAGAAGGGGAGCCAAAUGAUCAAGGAAGUGAGGAUUGUGUGGAGGUUUCCCGCUCUCAGGUGAAAUGGAAUGAUGCACCUUGUAGGAAUAAAUUUCCAUGGACAUGUGAGGCCUUUGGUCCAGGGGGUAGCAAUUGAAAAAUGUCUAUAAGUCCCCCUCAUCCUGUUAUAUAUCCUACAGUCCCUUUUGUAAUAUAAUGAGCCUUUUUUUAUUUUUUAAGAUUCCAUGGUUAUUAUCGAGGUGAUAUUUUUCUUUUUCUCUUUAAUUUCUACAAUUUUAUCAGGUUAUUAUGGAGGUGAUAUUUCUCUUAUUUUUUCUUUUUUAAAGUUUUAUCAGAGCUGAUAGAUGCCCUUAGUACAAAGCUGAUUUUUUUUUUUUUUAAAUCUUAUUUUUGUAACUAUUUCUUGUACUUAGUGCUUGAUAUUUUACUUGCAUUCCUAUUUUAUGAAUAUUUUGAUUGUAUAUAACUAUAUUUCUACCUCUAUGUUGUGGUUUAGUGCAGUUGUAACAACCGUAUCUUUCUUCCACUGUUUCUAAAAUAAACAAUAAACAUGUAUAAAAGAA